AUGGGUGACAAUCUUCACCAACACAUACCCUCCUCCUCAGACAUUGAGGACAACCUGCGCCCUGCCACUCCUGAAGGACAAAGCUCUACCAGCGACAAUUCUCCGGAUUCCAUCAAUGGACUUGUGGAGCGUCUCAAGGCUCAACUUGGUAUAGGCAGCUCAAGCGCCACCUCUGAUGUGCUUCCCACCCUUGAGGGCAGGCUUGUCGACGCCAUACCUGGUCAGCCAAUUGCGCUUGAUGACUAUGAUGAUGAAGAGGACGAUGCUUCCGUCAUACUUGCCAUGGUGGCUGUGGAUUUCGAAAAUGGCACUGCUGGCCGCCGUAGCAGGGGCAACUCAGAUGCAACCAUCGGCGUUGUCAGUCCAAUGCUCCGGGUUGCUACUCUUGAGACUGAUCUUGAGCCCUUCCCUGACUACUGGGAGUCCUGUGAGAACAACCAAUCCGUUGUCAACACAGCACACGAGGCAUCCUACAAACACGCCAUGUCCAAGGUUGUCGAAGAGGUCGUGCGCUUCAAAGAGAUUGACACCCGCCUCACCACUCCUCCUGUCCUUACACUCGACGCUUCCACCGAUCCUACUAUCAACGACCCUGAGACCGAUUCAGACUCAGAGACUUCCAUUGAGCCAGAUAGAAACGGAUCAACCUCACCUACUGAAUCCGUGGCAUCUGAUGCAUCAGUGGAAACGGUCGUUCCUCCUCCGACAACUAUCUUUCACGAAACCAAAGCUGAUUUAAUUGAGGAUAUCCAAGCCAUGCUACGAAAUGACCAAGUGAAGCCCGAACUGAUGAACCAUAUCAUUGGCAUGACGAACAUGGUCCUUUGGAUGGAGUACAUUCUUUUCCCUGGUUCGAACACUGCCUCGCCACCAGCGAACUUCUAUUCCGCCGAGGACAGCAGCAUCGUGCAUCUCAUGAUUGAAGAAAUGUCCGGUUAUCUCACGGGUCGCCGCAAUCAUUUGCAAUCCAGGCUGGGAGAAAUGCGCAGAGCGAGAUUCGCCAUGGCGGAGAUUGCAUCGACUACAUGGUUGUCUACACACGCUCGCUAUCAGUACAUGGCCGAGCUUGUCUCUGCGACCGAAGUACGUCUGCUGUUUACUUUGUACGACUUGUACGAUAUCACUGUCUGUACGCCUUUUUCCAAACCGGACUCCAACUCGACCUCCAACCAAGAGCAUCUCAGUACCGAGCGCGAGGAAUUGUCUGAGCUUCUGUCCUCACUCCGAAGUGUGUUCAAUGAUGCCAUUGAUGAGUUCCAGGAGUAUUGCAAUUCUGUGGCUUUCAUGAAAGAGGAAUACGCCACUCCCCUUCACAGGCACUUCCUCAACAACCCUGGUGCAUGCAUUGAGCGGUGGAAGGAAGGUCAGCUGAAGCUGAAGCGCGAGAUAGAGCGGAAUGAAAUGGCUCGGCUGAGACGCCUUGGGGGAGGAAACGCGCAGAUUUGA